GUGCAUUAGAUAGACGAUUGCAGCUAGGCCUGACUUGACAGUCUGUCCAGCUUCACCCAACCAUCAAAGCACCCUCUCAGGACAAGAAAAAGAGCGGGUGACCAUCUCGGUCACUCACGUCACUCACAGGCCGAAGAAAGCCUUGGCCGCCUGCUCGUCCAUCUGCAGCUGUGCCUUGAGGGCCUCGACACCGCUGAACUUCUGCUCUGGGCGAAGAAACUUGAGCCACUGGACAAUGAUGGUGACGCCGUCUCCCAGAUCCGUCUCGUCCACAUCAAGGAGAUGCACCUGGGGUAUGGGUGACAUACAUCACCUCAAUGAAGGACCCCGGCAUGUUUGUCUGUCGAGGGGUGGUGCAGUGGGGGCUGUGUCUGUCGUUGCUCACUGACCUCGAGGAGCGGUUCAGGGUCUGCCUCGUUGACGGUGGGACGCAGGCCGUAAUUCGCCACGCCGGGGUGGCCCUCAUUCCCUGCACCGACCCCACCGAUAAACGAAGGAAAGACCCACACAGACCCACAUUGUGACUGACAUCACAAAAUGGACGAGCAGGCUUGGCAUUGCGCGUAGCGUACCGGGUGUGCCGUGUUGAUCCAGGCGUGUCACACGGACGGCAUACACCCCAUAGCGAGGCCGCGACUCCUCAGGAGGUGACCACCUGACCGACCAGUCAGCCAUGCCAUUGAUUGACACACACACGCAGGCACAGCACACCGCUUCUUCGUCACCACUCACUGUUACCUAAUGUUGAGUGUGGGGAAGCCGAUGGUGCGGCCGAGGCGCUUGCCGCCCUGGACCAGACCUUUGGCAGCGUCGGGCAGCUUGUCGUUGCUGGGCGGGGCUGCUGAUGGGGGAGUGGGUUGGGGUGGGGGUGGGGGUGAGGCUGGUGUAUCCCCUCCUGUUGCUGCUGUCUCGUCGUUGGGGUGUGCGAAGCACCGGACGGACCGCUGUGGGGGACUGUGUGGUGAGCGGGUGCUUGUGAGCUGAAGCAGGGAGCGAUGGUGGUGGGCGAGACCGAUACCUGAAACACACAAGACACAGACAGAGAGACACAGGAUGACAAAUAAAUGAGUAGCGACGGUCCGACCCUCCUGUGGGUGCAACGGUAGGGUAGGCAGAACGGACUAUGGACUGGAUGGGUUGCUGUGCUAGUGUGAGUGACUGCCAGGGCAAUAGCUACAAGUGGCAU